AUGCCACCAUUCUACCGUUUCCAGAAUAUCUUGGAAACACCAUAUGAAAAACAAAUAAUAACAAAAAUGAAGGAGACCGGUAUAUGUACUGCCGAAACAGAAUCCGCUAGUCCAUUGAAGAUCAAUGUAUCAGAUGAAGACACUGUUAGCAGCAUUCAUGAUUUGCCAAUGCCUGCUUAUGGAGGCCACUACUCGAAGCUCUCGUCUUUUCUGCCACCCACUACUCAACCUGUAUUUUCAUUUACGAGGAGCAAUUUGGCAUUAUUACAUGUCACGGAUUUGUUACGAUGUCCUUCGUCAGAAGAGUGGUGUGAUCACAUACCAUUGUUGUUACAUAUUGCUAUCCUAGGAUUGGAUUCAUUACGUCCACCAAUAUGUCGUCAUUCACGACAAGUUAUCAUCAAUAUUAUUUUGUUGCAAGCUGGUGAAAUCGUCCCUGCAUCACAGUUGUCAAAUAUCUUACUUACUAAUCAGAUAAAUUGGGCGGAUCAGAUAAGCAUCGUAUCGAAUGGUGAUGAUAGUCGUACAGAUAGUAUCGCGCAUGGUGACACACCUACUUUUUCAACUGUGAGGUGUAAUGAAUAUCAACGAAUGCUGCUAAGCAGUAAUGCUUCAUUUAGUACAGCGGCCGAUUUGAUUCAAGCAUUCGUAUGUUGUAUGUCUGAGAAAAUGGAUAAACCUCUUUUUGCUAACGAAGAUGUGACAUCACGACAGUGGCGGAUUGAAAGUGCAGCACAGCUAGGAUUUAUGAUACGUCAUCUAGCUGAACUCUUGAUUGAAGCAAAUCCAAGUUUGGCAUUGCGUUGGUCACAAUUAGCAAUGGGAAUGGCUUUAUCAACUUCAAAUCGGCAUAUUGCUGGUCGUUGCUUCCAAAUUUAUUCGGCUCUUUGUCAGUCACCAUCACCGUGGAUUCCGAAUAUUUUGUCACGUUUAGCGGAAACGGUUGGUGAGCCACAUGAAGACACCCAAUCUUAUGUAACAGAUAUAAUGCUUUGUCUCCAAAUGGCUGUUUCUCAUUUGGUUUUAAUGCCUCAUGCCCCAAAUAUUCUGCAGUGUCAUACUCAUACACGUUCCACUUCCUAUACACCUGCUGUACUGCAUCAGAUUUCAAAUGCUGUUGCUUCAACUGUUCUAUCACCAACUCGUGAACGGAAAGAUAUACGACAUUCAGUUUUGAUAACUGAUGAACGAGAAAUACCGGCAGGUUUAAGUCGAAGUAAAAGUGCAACAGCAUUAAAAACUAUGGAUGCUGGUGUUGGAGAAGAUUUCUUAACUCUUUGUCGGUUAUUUUUAAUUGCUGUUGCGAUGCUUGAAUCAAAUUCUGAUAACGAAUAUCUGCUCGCACUACAUUUGUUGGAUAAGGUAUUUGAUGCAGCAGCUUCAGAUAAGAUAUUGUGCUUGCAGCGUUUAUCAAAAACAAUAUCGCAGUUAGAUUGGAAAAAUUAUAGUGGUUUGGCUGGUUUAAUCAUGAAAGGUGCAACGAUACAAUCAGGUUAUGAGCUGUCCUUGUCAUUGCUACUGAAAUGUCUGGAUAUGAUAGAUGAACCAGCAAUGGGACCAUGCAAUCUAAUUUCUUUACUGAUUACUUCAUCCAUGCCAUUACUUUUGCUUAAUUUUGAAACGCCCACACUACUCUGCUUUUCGAUUACCAGAAAGCUGACUGAGUUUCUUUCGGAACGAAUAACCGAAACGGAGGAACAGUCACUCGAUAAUCCACUUGCUCAUUUAUCAUCUAUGAUGUACAAAUACGCCGAACGUUGUUUUCCACGUGAUCGUUUCCAGUGGGCAAAAUGUGUAUUCAAGUAUAUGUAUGAUGGCUUAACACCGGAUCAUACUCAGCUUUUCGUCUUCCUUGCUGAGAUGUUGGAAAAAAGUGUGGCAUCUUUGCAUACUUACAUAUUAUCUUGCUUGUACUUAUUAGCUAGUAAUGCUGAUUUAUCACAAUGUUCACCACUAUCCAUAAAUGCUCAGGUUGUACGAGUUAUAUCGAAGCAUAUACAGGGUCCAAACUGGAAAGAUGCUUCGAGGAUUCUGAAGUGUUUUGUGCAAUAUGACAGUAUUGCCAUCGAUGGUCACAUCUCGGAUGGACCAGAAUCAGACGAGGUUGCACGACCAGAAGGGCUCCAGUUGGAAGUUCCACUUCGUGGUUGCUUUAUACCUUCACCUUCAACUGCGCAUAAAAGUACUCCGGAAACAAUAUCACUGCGAAAACACACUACAUGUAACCAGACGAAAGUACGAGAACGUUUGAUCAGUUUGCUGAAUGCUUCUGGACUUCGUGUUGGUUUGCCAAAAAGUGCUUCGAUAAUUUUCUCACAAUCUUUGCAUGAUAUUUCCUAUGAACCACCGAAUUCAAAUUCCACCUCAACAGAAAGGAUUUCACCAUCAUAUGUGGGUGACGGCGAAUCAGCAUCAUCAUUGGUAGUCGAUCAAUCUGUUACCAACUCUUUUCCUCGAGUAUUCCGUGAAUUUGAUUUCUUGGAAGCGGAACAUGAUACUGUAUCGGAAUCGACAGAAUCAUGUUUUAACUGGCUCUCAACGAUACGGCCACAUUCCAUAAGUAAAGUUGGCAUAAAUGUUGAAGAACAGUAUCAGGAUGAUGAAUGUACCGAGAUUGCUGGUGAUCAGCGCCCAUCCUCAGCAGCUUCUGACUCAUUGGAAGUAUCAAGCGAAAGGACGCCACUACAGUCAGAAAUUCGUAGCGAAACUGUUUCCGAAGAAGAAAGUUGUGAUGAAGAAUUAGAUGAAUUUACUGUUAAUGACGAAAAGCUUCGAAUAGCAGAUAUGUCAUCGUUAGCAGAAUCUAUUCGAUGUAGCCAUUCGGUAACAUCUGUGGAAAAUGUAUCGCUGAAACGACCUUCUUUAUUUCUGCAAUGUAAUCAUCAUGCUUCAGCCCAAGGUGAACAUCAAUGGCUCUUAAGUUUUGCUGAUUUGAGUGUCGAUGAAAGUGGCGAUUUGACGGCACAUGCGACUUUAGUUUUCACCCAACUUUAUCGGGAAUGUUGUUUAAAAUUAUCCGGUAUAUUACGAGAUGCAUCGCAAGUGUUUUCCACAUCGCAUCACGAGAUCUCUGUUCAAUUCAGUGAUGCAUUGGAUCUUGUCCUUAAAAUUUUCGAUUGUCCAUUUUUAUUCGUCACGGCUCAAUAUUUACGUAACACUGAAAUGUUAUCACAGCAAAAAUGCUUAUUACUGGAACUGCACGAACAUUACGAGACUUUCGUGGAACGGAAAGAGCAGUGUAUUCGAGCUUUAAAUGCGAUAAAGGCAACAAUGAAAUUGGCCUUAAUCGGUGGUCCAUCAGUAUCAGCAGUUACUUCAAAUCAGCAACUAGAGUUAUGUCGAUCGGUGCACAAGUUAUUUUUCCAACUACUUCAAAUCACAGAUAAGUUUGAUGAGAUGGUGAAAGGUGUAGUGAAUGCUUCCGACAUUCAGAAUGCUAAUAUAUCAGCCGAAGUAUUGUGUUUGCACAGAUGCUUAUUAGCAAGUAUUCCUGAUUCGGUACAUGGUAUAGACAGUGGUAUGUCAAAUGUAACACUUGAGCCAAAUAUCGAUGCGUUGUUGAUGUUAAUGCAAAAGAAACAAUAUAAGAAUGCUUUACAUAUGCUAAGGCAACUCAGGCAGCAAUUUGGUGCAGAGUACGGUUGUUGUGAUCAGGUUGAUGUUGAAGUGCUGCUGUUGGCAUAUUGUCGCAAUCAUCAGAGUUCUUGUUGGGCUAUUCUGGGAAGUGACAAAGCGUUAACACUUAGCUGUAACCAAUUACGACAGAGUAAUAUGCACAUGGCAACUAUUGUUCGUACAAUUGCAUCUGAUGCGCUCGCUUUAAGACCAUCUCGUGUUUCUAGUGCUUCUGAAUCUUACAGAUCCUGA